AUGGUGGCUUCCGCAUCAAAAGAAGAUGUCGAUUUUAGCAUCAAGCCUGAGGCGGUCACGCCCAGCAUUCCCACCUCGGAGUGGCCGCUGCUGCUGAAGAAUUACGAUAAACUUCUUGUCAGAACUGGCCACUUCACUCCAAUUCCGGCUGGUUGCUCCCCUCUCAAACGGGACCUGAAGUCGUACAUCAGCUCUGGCGUGAUUAACCUCGACAAACCAGCGAACCCGUCAAGCCAUGAAGUUGUCGCUUGGUUGAAGAGAAUCCUUAGGGUUGAAAAAACUGGCCACAGUGGUACUCUUGACCCCAAAGUCACCGGUUGUCUGAUUGUCUGCAUCGAUCGUGCAACUCGCCUUGUUAAGUCGCAGCAGGGUGCCGGAAAGGAAUAUGUCUGUGUCAUUCGUCUCCAUGAUCGGCUCCCAGGUGGCGAGGCCCAGUUUGCGCGGGCCCUUGAGACACUGACUGGGGCUCUGUUCCAGCGUCCACCUCUGAUCUCAGCUGUGAAGCGUCAGCUCCGUAUCAGAACGAUACAUGAAAGCAAGCUUUAUGAGUUUGACAAUGACAGACACCUGGCUGUUUUCUGGGUCAGUUGCGAAGCAGGCACAUAUAUUCGAACCCUUUGUGUCCAUCUGGGCUUGCUUCUCGGUGUUGGAGCACACAUGCAGGAGCUGAGACGUGUUCGCAGUGGAGCGAUGGAUGAGCAGGAUGGGAUGGUUACUCUUCAUGACGUCCUAGAUGCUCAGUGGAUGUGGGACAAUCAGCGUGACGAUUCUUACCUGCGGAAAGUGAUUCGUCCAUUGGAGAGUCUGCUCACCACAUACAAACGGAUCGUUGUGAAAGACAGUGCUGUCAAUGCUGUAUGCUAUGGCGCGAAGCUCAUGAUUCCUGGUCUGCUACGUUUUGAGGCCGGCAUUGAAGUUGGUGAAGAGGUUGUGCUUAUGACAACGAAGGGUGAAGCAAUUGCUCUGGGGAUUGCUCAAAUGUCGACUGUCGAGCUCUCGACCUGCGAUCAUGGUGUGGUCGCCAAGGUCAAACGGUGCAUUAUGGAGCGCGAUCUCUAUCCUCGUAGGUGGGGAUUGGGACCGGUGGCCCUUGAAAAGAAGAAACUGAAGUCUGAGGGCAAGCUAGAUAAAUACGGCCGACCUAACGAAGCUACUCCCGCCAAAUGGAAGAAUGAAUACAAAGACUACAAUGCUCCGCAAGAAGACACUGCCGCGCAACAGGUGGCGGAAACUACGUCCAAGGAAGAGGCCGUUCCUGCUCCGGCAGCUCCAUCAAAUGGUGCACCUUCUUCUCCACCAUCUAAAAUGGAGGUUGAAGAGCCCAAAGAGGACGACAAGAAGAAGCGCAAGCGACACGAAGGUGAAACCCCCGAGGAACGUGCCGAGCGCAAGCGCAAGAAGAAGGAGAAGAAGGAGAAGAAAGAGCGGCGCAAAUCGAAACAAGACAAGGAUGAGAGUGAUGACAGUGACUAG